AUGGCUCACUUCCAACCUCCAAGGAUCAUUGAGACCAGCCACAUCUCACCGCCAAAAGGCACCGUUCCAUCAACCACACUUCCACUCACCUUCUUCGACGCCCCGUGGCUCACUCUCCCACUCGGCGAGUCUCUCUUCUUCUUCUCUUACCAAAACUCAACCGAUCGUUUCCUCAAAGACUUUGUCCCUAACCUCAAACAAUCCCUAUCUCUUACUCUCCAACAUUUCUUCCCUUAUGCCGGUAACCUUAUCAUCCUGCCACGCCCCGAUCCUCCUUACUUACGCUACACCGAUGGAGAAGACUCUCUUGUUUUCACCGUCGCAGAGUCUGUUGGAGCCGAUUUCGAUGAUCUGAAAACCGAUUCUGCCAAAGAUAUUAGAGUGUUGCACGACUUGUUGCCCAAGUUACCACCUCCUCAUGUCUCCCCAGAAGGAACUCAAAUCCGUCCAGUAAUGGUGCUGCAAGUCACAAUCUUCCCUGGAAGAGGAGUCUGUAUAGGCAACACAUCUACACAUGUUGCAGGGGAUGGAGUCACCAUUACCCAUUUCAUGAAGUAUUGGAUGUCACUGACCAAGUCCAACUGCAGUGAUCCCACCACAAUUCUUCUACCCUCUCCACCAAUUCACACCUGCAGAGACGUGAUCAAAGACCCCGGCGAGGUAGCCGCUGGCCACUUGGAGCGGUUUUGGAGCCAAAACUCUGGAAACCACAGCUCACAUGACCCUCCUCCAAACAUGGUCCUAGCAACUUUUGCAAUUAGCCGGAAUCAGAUAGACAAUCUCAAGCAUUGGGUUCCAGAACCUGUUUCAACCUUUGUGGUGACUCUAGCUUUCACUUGGGUGACCUUGAUCAAGACACUUAUUGAAGACAACAAAACAGAGGCUAACGAGGAAGACGAAGUCUUUCACUUGAUGAUUAAUGUGGAUUGCAGGAACCGUCUCAAGUACACAGAACCAAUACCUCAGACCUACUUUGGAAACUGUAUGGCUCCAGGAAUCGUAUCUGUCAAUAAACGAGACUUGCUAGGGGAAAAAGGCAUAUUGACAGCUUCAAAUGCUAUCACAGCGAGAAUCAAAGACAUGUUAUCAAGCGAUCUAUUGAAAACAGCACCAACUUGGGGAGAUGGAGUAAGGAAAUGGGUCAUGUCUCGUUUUCCAAUCUCCAUUGCAGGAGCUCCGAAGUUGGGCCUGUACGAUUUGGAUUUUGGAUUGGGAAAGCUUUGCAAAAUGGAGAUAGUGCACAUUCAAACAGGUGGAUCUAUUGCGUUCUCAGAGUCCAGAGACGGUAGCAAUGGAGUUGAGAUUGGAUUGGCACUGGAGAAGGCGAAAAUGGAUGCCUUUGCUUCAAAUCUGAAACAGGGGAUCAACAAAUUCGGAAUGUAG